AUGAACAUCCUCAAGCAAAUUAACCCUGCGCAAUCCGAAAAUAGGAAACAUUGUAAACUAAAACGAAGAGUUUAUAGUUCCCAAGGUCCAAAUUUUGUGUGGCAUGUUGAUGGCUACGAUAAAUUAAAGCCGUAUGGUUUCCCUAUUCAUGGAUGCAUUGAUGGGUUUUCUCGUAAAAUAAUUUUGUUAAAACUUUGCCGAACAAAUAAAAACCCAGUUAUUCCGGCUCAUUUCUAUCUUAAUGCAUUGAAAGAAUUAAAAGUGUGUCCAGAUACUCUGAGAAUUGAUUGCGGCACAGAAAACGGUAUUAUUGCAGCAAUACACUCCUUUGUACAUAAUGAUAUCAAUGCACACAAGUACGGCAGUUCGCAGUCUAACCAAAGAAUUGAAAACCUAUGGUCGAACUUGAAAAGGACAUAUACAACAUCUUUUAUAGAAUAUUUUAAAAGAAUGGUUUUUAAUGAUGAUUUAAGACUUGGAGAUUGUUUCCAAAUGGAAUGCGUUUGGUUUAGUUACUCUGAAUUAAUACAAUUUGAGCUUGAUAAAAUGAAAGAGGAGUGGAAUUCCCAUAAUAUUAGAAAUACCCGACAUGCAAAUGUUCAUGGGAUACCAGACGAAAUGUUUUAUUUACCAGAGCUCUAUAACUACCAGCAAUGUGGAGUAAAUAUUAACGAUGACAUUCUUUCCGGAAUACUAAGUCAAAGAGAUAUUCACGCUGAAGCCUACGAAAUUUUGAAUAAGAGCGACUUGCAACUUGUUAACUACUUUAAAGACGUAGUAAACGAAAAAGGACUAAAAAUGCCGCCGAGAAACUGGGAUGAAGCAAGAAAAAUUUAUAACACAAUUAUUUAUCAAGCAAUAUAGUUUCGUGUUUUCAA